AUGUGUAUCCACUACAUCCCUGUACAGGCGAGUCUGGCGCUGUUGCCAGAUGAGCUUCUGCUGCAAAUGUUCCGUCGGAUGGGCUGUGAGGCUCUCACAGUGUGUGCGACUGUUAGUGUCCGUUGGAAUCGGCUCUCCAGUGACGACACUGUCUGGAGGCCAAGACUGUCCAAGGAUGUACCUGAGCUCGCAAUAGCUGGGACUGUCCUGGACCUGGAAUACGAGGUCCAUAUUUUAGUACCACAACCCAUUCAUCUGUGGAAGGCUCUGUAUGCAGUUCUGUACAAACGCAAGAGA